UGUAAACAAACAAUUUUGAUGUACAGUUAAAAAAAAAAACCAAAUGCAUCUUUAGUUUCUAGUAGCAAACUAUGUCUGAAGGAAAGAAAAGUCGUGGGUUUAGUCAAGUUGUGUCACGACGUGAUGAACAUGAAAGGGACCUGUACCAUAUUCAAGAUCCCUACACCACGAGCCUGCUGCAACAUGUCUUCUCAGAAAGAGAAAUGGCUGCUGAGGCCAGUGCGUCAGGAGCAGAAAAAGCUCUCGGGCUGCACAAUCUUCAAAGCCAUAUUGAGAAAUCACUGGAGGAAGUUUCCACUCAACAUCAAGCAUGCUCUGAUAACCAGACGUCUACAGACAUGGGUCGUAUUGGACCAAGUGAAGUUGUGUUUGACAUUCUGUCCAAUGUUGGUACCCUCAUUGUUGAGCCUGACAGACUUGGGCUUUCCAGUCACAGUAACUUCAGUACCAUGAGAGCUAACAGUUGUGUGUUUAAAGGAAAAUGGAUCUAUGAGCUGAUGUUGGGUUCUAAGGGAGUUAUGCAGCUUGGCUGGUGCACUCUUCAUUGCAAAUUUUCACAAGAAGAAGGAGUGGGUGAUACGCCAGAUUCAUAUGCUUAUGAUGGAAGCCGACUUCGAAAAUGGAAUGUGAAAACACAGAAGUAUGGAGAGCCGUGGUUAACUGGAGAUGUAAUCAGCUGUGCAAUUGACUGUGAUAACGGAACCAUAACGUUUUACAGAAAUGGAAAUAACAUGGGUGAGGCAUUUUCCUCAGUAAAGCUGGGUCCGAACUGUGCCUAUUUUCCUGCUGUCAGUUUAUCGGUGACAGAAAACCUGCGAGCAAACUUCGGUUCAACACCUCUCAGAUAUCCUGUUGAAGGUUACCACCCCCUGCAGGAUCCACCCAAACUAGACUUGGUCAAGGCCCAACUGCUAUUUAACUACUUGGAGAAGUUGCUGCCAGUAAUGAUAGAAGAUGAUAAGGUGGAUGGUGCUGAAUUCAUUGCUGGGAAAGCAGAAGACCUAUUACCUCCCCUGACGGAACACCGGACACGACGAUGCACUGCCAUGCUUGUAGCUGCCCACAUAUUUGAGAACCUUGGUCCAUUAUUGAAAAGUGCCUACGUUGUUGAAGCCUGUUUACUGAAGUUCCUAUUGAAGAUCUGUGAUUGCGACCAACAGUUAGAUGAACCGUACAUUGCUAAGAUACUUGACAUACUUUGGGCUCUUCUACAGGACUACGAGUUGAAGCUGUGCCUUGAAUAUCUAGCCAUUAUUCUGUUGUCUUCAUACAGAUUUUCCCCUGUCACGCCAGACUUCAGACACCCAAAACAGUAUCUCACUUUGACACUUGCAAUACUGAAACAUCCACAGACAAGAAGACAUCUGCUGGUUUAUGUAUUAUAUCCUUUUAUGUGCACAUUCGACAAGAUCAAGUUUCCAAUCUUUAUGCACAUAAAGCCUCCCGAUGAUGCAGGAUUAGCAGAAAUUAUCCCUUCAGUUUGGUGGGAACCUGUUUCGAAGGAUGAUGAAGAAGUGGUUCCGGAAAUUCCUCUGACGACUGAAGAAAAACUCCGACAAAAGACCUACGCUGCUGCCUGUGAUAAACUCAGAAAGAAAAUUGAAGAAAUUGAAGAAAUUCAAGUUGAAAUGUUAAAAGUAUUGCUGAUACACAAUGAUCCUAAAGAUGAGAAAACGUCGAGAGAUAUUUUCAUGGAGAAGCUGCACUCGUUUCUUCACGAGAACAGUGGGGUGAUGCGGGUGUAUCAGGUGAACACGUGCCCCCUGCCAGUCAGUCUGUGCUUCUUCCAUCGCCUCAUCAAGGCCGUCCAGUAUUACUGGAACGUUUUCCAGAACGAAGACCCGACACGAUUUGUUAAGAGCACAGACGCUUUCUUGCCCAUGCAGCAGUUCUGGACUGACUCCAGAGAAUACUUUGAUUUCCAGCGUUGUGGUGGUCUCAUGUCACACCUCAACAGAACACUUGGUGCUGAAGUAAACAAAGCUCAGGGAAUUUCUCUGUCAGAUGAUGGAAAAGUUGUGAAGAUGGACAAAAAAGGAGCAAAAGACCAUUCGUCUGAAAAAACUGAGUACCCAGAUCGCGAGAUGCCGAGUGGGAACACCCUGAUGAGACUACUUGACAGCCUCGUUCUGCUCUACCACAUUGCAGCACACAAACAACUAGGGAAGAUGUGUGCUUUAAGAGACAAUUUGAAGGAAUUUGUUUUAGCAUAUCAAGACACAGAAGAAAAACUCAAGAGGUGCCCAGCAGAUAUGGUUGAGGUGCAUGAUUACCUGGGCAAUGCCAAGCAGGUAUUUCUGGACAAAAUCACUGAGCAGGCUCGUCAGAUGGGAUGGGUGAUUGCCGUUAUUUACUCCAAAACAAAGCAAACUGACAUUGCCUGGCUCCUAAGAGUCGUCUUGAAGACAAUACAAAAAGCGUCAAAAUAUGGCCGACUGUUUCAGUAUUUACCUGAAUUCUACAUUGAGUCAUGUAUCAACUGUUAUAUUGCACUACGGUACUACAUGCAUCCUACAAUGAGAUUUGAAGCUAUUGAUGGCUAUGAUGAUAUCCUACUGAAGAGGUAUGCUGAGUUCCUCAUUAGCCAUUUUGCUGACUCGAGGAUUGUAAGCAAUGAUCUACGUGACAACCUGGUGCAGGCUCUGGCUUGUUUCACCUGCUAUCCUCAGACACUGAAGGUGCUAGAGUCUCUUUCACUUGACAGCCAAAGUUCUGUGCUGAGGUCUCUGAUUGCGCCCUAUGAAAACCGAUCUUGGGCGCACACCAACUGGAUUCUAGUUCGACUCUGGAAGGGCUGUGGUUUUGCUUUCCGGUAUCGCUACUUGCCAAAUCUUGUGCCUUCUAAAGUACAGCCAACCGAGUUUAGUUUUGUCAGCUUACAGAAGCCGUGUCCGUCCCUCAAGUUCCAGUCACUGCUAGCUAAGAUACUGCUGGACGAUGAACCGGCAUCAACACGCUUCUUGGACACCCUGAUGAACCAGCUGAACUGGUCAUUCUCGGAGUUCGUCGGUAUCAUGCAGGAGAUCCAGCAGCUUGUGUCGAAGACUGAACACUUGUUUCUGGAAGGUCGUCAGUUGAAGAUCUGUGCGGCGUGUUUUGAGAUUUCCGUGUGUCUGAUGCGCGUUCUGGAGAUGGUGGCGACCAUAGCGCCCCAACUCUUCACCGACUGGACCCGACCAUCGGCGGAACUCUUUCUUAAACGUAUCAUGCAACUGCUAAGUCAAGUUCUCAGUCGAAUAACAACCAAGGGUGGAGCCUUUGAAAGCCUUGUUUCACUACCCAUACCAGGUCUGGAUAGUGUCACCUACUUCCCUGUGCUCACAGUUGCCUUGGGAAUUCUGAAUCAGCUCAUCAACAAACCAGUUGGCUCUAACAAAGAGAAGGCAACCAAGGCGUUGCUGACAGAUACCGGUUUUCAGCUGUCCACAUUAGAGUUUGUGCUGGGCAGGAUUCCUCCAACCAAGCCAAAAGAGAAAUCAUUUUCACUGUCAAACUUUGAGGAGGUGAGUGCUGAAGAGGUGGAGGAUGUAGAAAACAUGUUGGUUUAUCUACAGAAAAAACAGACAGAUCUGGACCAACAACAGCAGUCUGACGUCAGCGAAGAUGACCUGUGUACUAUCUGCUACGCCAGUCAACAGGCUGCAGUGUUUGUUCCAUGUGGCCAUCAGUCUUGCAAAACAUGCAUCACUCAGCAGUUGAUGGGAAAGAAGGAAUGUUUCUUCUGUAAAUCUGUGAUCACAUCUAUCAAAGACUUGAAAGGAAAACAAAUACUGAGAGAACAGUGUCAAAUUUCAACAAAACAAUGACAGCCUUGUCUAGUCUUGUUACUAUGGGAUAUUUAUACCACGGGACAAUAGCAAUAGCAGCUCUGAUAACUUCUUAAUCCAGAUAGCAUUUGAAGUAAAAACUCUUACUGAAUAUUGAUAGGACUCCAUCCUACUGCAUUGAUUCUCACUAUUUUGGAUACUGACUGACCGGAUCUGAAAGCUAAAUAUGCAGAUUAAAGAUGCAUUCUUAAAAUUGCAAGUGUCAUAUUUGGCUAUUUUUUUUCAUGUUUUUGUGACAAAUAACUAAAAUUAAUUGAUCCCACAUAUAAUCUUUAUAGAAUGAACUCAAAAAUUACAAAAUUGUAAUGUAUUACCACUUGGUUUAAACAGGGAUUUCAAAAAUCUUUGCUAAAAAGUCUGAAGUACAUAAAACAAUAUUCAUCACAUGUCCAUUAAAAGAGCAGCCACUUCUUCGUCAAUCUAGAGGUGCAAUUCAAAUUCAAACUGUGAUAUCAUGUUUUAACCAGCCAGUUACCCUUGUUGGAUUUUUUUAUGAAUAAAAAAAUAAAUUUAUAAAUAGUAAUUGAAAUUAUUGGGGGGGUCAUGUAAUUCAGGGUGUAAUCUUUCCAUGUUAUAAGAAAAAAUUAUUGGAGGGGUCAUGUAAUUCAGGGUGUAAUCUUUCCAUGUUAUAAGAAAAAAUUAUGAAUAAUUUUGGUUCUAAUGCAAGUUUGAGACUUCCCCUUUAAUGAAUAUAUUUACAGAGAUGAAAUCAAGAUCUGACAACCAGAACCGGCCAUGUCAAAAAGACAUGGUUUUUAUAAAAAUUAGUUUUGCAAAGAGUGGACAUUACAAGUUCUGGUUCAGAUCUCGAAAUGCAGUAUCAAUGAAACCUCUUUUAAACCAAACACCCUUGGAACAGAGAAUAAUGUUCCAUUUUAGGAGAUAACCCGGUUUAGAGAGGUUAAGUUUUGUACUUAUUUUUGAAAAGAGCGUAUAGAACAUCUGGUUAUAAGAGGUUUAUCUGUAUUUCUUUCUUAUUUGACUACAAUCUGUAAGGUGUGAUCUUGGGAUUAGUGAAGUCCAGAUUAAUGAAGUUUAUCUGUACUGACGAUGUUUCUGGCAGUUUAACAACUGAUUGGAGGGGGGGGGGGGUUAUUAUUUUAUGCCUUGUGUGUUUGUGGCAUAGUUCUGGUUCAACUCUCAAAAAAUUAUUUUAUUUGACUGGUGAGAUUUUUGGAUCAUUGAAGUCCAGAGUUAUGAAGUUUCAGGGUACUGACAAUGAAGUUUCAGGCUAUUUAAAAAUUGAUCAGUGGAUUGGUGGAGGUGUAAAUUAUUAUUUUAUGCCUGUUGGGUCUGCUACAUGUUUUUUGCCAUCAAAUGUUUAAAUUAAAACUUUAUAUAUUUUGUGAAUCGUGUAUGUAUAAAAAUUAUUUCCUCCUACUUCCCUGAUGUGAUGAGGUGUGGAACAUUAUAACCUGGUAUUUCUUAAAAUUAUUAAUAUUUUGUGGAUUGCUUGUGUGACAAAGUUGUAGUUUAGUAGUGUAGCAUACGGUUUUGAUUUGUGGGAAUUUGUCUCUAUUUUUGUCAGCAGAGGGUCACAAGUUAUUAUGUCAUAAUAAAAUAUAUUGAAUCUUCCUAGAGGUUCGAAGAGUUCAUUUCCAAAAUGCAAUAUAACCAUUUUCCUCAUUUUGUGAAAAACAUGAUUUUGUUGAACAUGACAUGACGUAACUAAUGCUGUAUUCAUUAGGAGUCGCGGAUAUCAUAUUUCCCUUUUCACAAGUUGUGAAGAACGUUUCUUUAGCUAAAUAACCCGUGAACACAACUUGUGAACUGAGGUGGGAUUUUCUGUCUCAAUCUUCAACACUUGUGGGAAAUAUGGCAGAACAAACCACAAAUCAAAUCAUUCAUGCAAUUAUGAGUUGAGGUGUAUGAGAUUGGAGUGACAGUGCAGAUUAUCUAUAAAUUGUCAGAAAACUCUCCACUUGGUUAAGUCGUGUUCACAAUUUGGAGCUUGAGAAUUCACGAUAUUCACGAGCACCAAAUGAAAGCAGUAAUAUAUCACACAAAGGACAGAUACUGUUAAAUGGGCAUAGAUCAUCUUUUGAUGGAAACUCCAUUGUCAUAUUGCUGAGUUGUACUAAGUCCAAAAUCUGGGAAUUGGUGUGUAUCGUGUUUUGAAAAUGAACUCUUCAUAUGUUCCACUGCAUGUUAUUUUCCAGAAUUUUUAUUCUAAGUCUAAAACUAACAUUAACUUUAACCCUAAUGAUCGAAUUGAACAAAUUAUCAAGAACCAGUUUUUCUGAUGCACUGAUAUUAAAUUGCUGCAGGAAUAUUUUAUGCUCGGAACAUAUCUUUGCUUACACAUAUUCUCUGUGGAUGUUGUAUUUACUACGGUGAUAAAAGAAUCGAUCUCACUUGGUGAAUGGACAUGUAUGACAUUUUUCAUUCUAGCCUUGUUCAAUGAUUGGUGUAUCAAAGGAUGUGGUAUGUGCUAUCCUGUCAGGGAAAGUGAACAUAAAAAUAAAGGAAUGGAUACCUCAGUUUAUUUGAAAAUAUGGCUAUUAAAAGUAUUUAACAUUUGGUAAUUGUGACGCUCAAGAAACUGCAUGUAAAAGAUGCCUUGCUGCUAAUCAGUAAGAGCAGCUUAAGUGGUGGAAGUGGGUUUCUUUUUUUCAUUUUUUAAAAACUAUAUAUGUUUGUAACCUAAUGAUGGUAUAAUGUAAAGUAGAUUAUAUUUGUUGUGUCCAUAAACAGUCCUUUAUUGCUUUCCUUCAGGCUCGAUUUGUUUUUAUCUUUAACAUUUUGAAAAAUAAAUGUUUGUUUGAUAAUAUCUAACACAUUGUAUAAAAAGGUGCUAUUAAUAGUAUUAUGUGUCAUAUUUUUCUGGUUAUCAAUUGAAGAAAGGUUCUCACUUUUUUGUUGUGACUAGCUUCAAAUAAGUAUGGGGUAUUUUCUGUUCAUAACAUCAGAAAUCUAAACAAUAACCUUAACAGUGUACUAAUCUGUGUAACAGUGUAAUAAUGACCCACUUCAAAAGAACAACUUUAUGAAAGGUGUUUAAAUAAUAUAAAUUAAUAUAAUAUUGUUGAGUUUAUAUUUUAUUGGAAAUACCUGUCUCAUCUCUAAUAGUUCUUGAUUAUUCUGAUAAUACUAAUCAAAUAUUGGUUUAAUUGAAAAUUGUAUUAAGAAACAUUUCUGUCAUAUUUUCGGUUCCAAAUUAAGGGCCAUGCACAAUUAUUAACCUUUUCGCAAGCCUAAAAACCAUAAGCUAGGCAGGCAAGCCCUGGCGUUCAGCCAAAUUUGCCAUUUGUGAAAUUUAAAACAAUUGGCAAAUUUUAUUUUAAUUUGUCAAAAAUAAUUUUGAGUAAUAACUGAUGUUUCAAAAUAACUGGGUAUCUAUAAAGUUUAGAAGUUAAUGGAUAAUUUGGCGAACAUUCCUGCCGACCCAGAGCUAGCACUGCUACGUGUACGUGUGUGUGUGUGUGUGUGUGUGUGGCUUUAUGCACCUUAUGCUUUUAAAACAAGUGUCUGUAAAAUCAAUAUGUAUUGCUUUUAGGAUGGGAAAAGGGUGCCAAGAAGUGUGUGAUUUGUACGCUCGUGAAAAAGUUGAUCACUUUGAAUUAAUUAAAAUGGACAAAAUAUUGUAUCAUCUUAAUGUGUAAUUAUUACAAAAUUAAAGAGUAUUUCACUGUUAUCAACCUCAUUAUUGGUGGUCAGAUUGCCAGCUUAACAAACAGAGUAUUUCAGUAUCUAGUAAUGAUAUAAAACAAAUGAUCAUCUUACUGAUAUUUUGACUUAAAUAUUUGUGGUCGUGCAAAAAUCAAGAAUAUCCACCAAAAUAAUCCAAUUUUAAAGAACUGGCUUGGAAUGGAUUUAAAUUUUAAUUUAUUGUUACAGUUACUGUAGUACAAAUAUAUAUGUAUGUUAUGCUUCAGUGCCUUAGAAGAUAUAUUUCGCUUUAUAUGGUAGUUUAAUGUCCUCACAUUAAUAGCAAUGUGGUGAAUCCCAAGUGAUAUGUAUACGUGUUAAAAUAUACAGGUUGUUGAUUUUAGAGAAAUUGUCUCAGUUAAAAUAAAUGGGUGUUGAUGUGUUUAAGCAGAUAUUGUAUCCAGGAACGGAUUUAGACCUUGGGGGGCCCGGGGCACUUCAGGUUCGGGGGUCCCUCAACAUAGAAAUUAAAUUACAUGACAAAUAAAAAAACCGAACUAAUUUUAUAAUUAUCAAAAUAUUUUUAUAAAGGAAGUCCUUAGUCUGGGGGGGCCCCUCUGGCAGUUGCCUCCUUUGCCCCCUUUGCCCCCUUAUAAAUCGGGCACUGAUUGUAUCCUGAUUGACUAAUUCUGACAGGGUACCCAUAUUGAAUAUUAUUAUUAUAUUUAAUAUUAUUAAUUAUUUAAUAACUUAACCAAAAUUGUUAAAAAGGAAAAAUGUACCGGUACCCAUGAUUUCAAAAUACAACAGUUAAGCAUUAUGGGAUUAAAAAUGAAUACUGGUACUCAUAUAUUUGUAUCGUUAUCAUAAAUGAUAAUGUGUCUUAUUUGAGUCUAGUCAAAUGUUUUAACAAACCACCUAAUAGAGAAUAUGAAAAAAAUAACUCCUUAAAGGACCAUGUUCUUCUUGUAACACUGUAUAGACCCAUCUCCACAAGAUUAGUUUUUUUUGGUAAACCCCCUGGUUAUUUUUAGUUCCCUACCAGUCCAACCAGAGGGGACUAUUGGUUUUGUUUCCGUCUUUCAGUGUCCCUCUGUCCAUCCAUUGUCUGUUAUAUAUUGAAGGAUUAUUCAAUAGAAUUAUUCAAUUUAUCUGUCUGUCUGUCUGUCUGUCUGUCUGUCUGUCCCUAAUAGAAUUUUCUGGACUGUUUUUGCCACAAUGCUUUAAGAUAUUGAGCUGAAAUUUGUACAUAGCUUUAUCAUGUAGAGUUACAGAGCAAGUUAGUUUUAGGGGAAUUUGUUCAAGGGCCAUAACUAUGUCAAUAAUACAAUGUGUCCAUUUUUGGCAGAGUUGAACUUAGGAGAUAUAAACAUUUCUUGACAUGUAUUGCUUUAGCAAUAUUCUCAGAAUCGGGCAUGGCGGAAAUAUAAAAAUAUUAUUGGUAGUAAAUCUUAAGGAAGAGAUGAAUUUUACAAAUGCAGGACAUUUCAUUUCAGGACAUCUAGUUUUCAAAAUUUUAAUGAGGAGUGUACCCCCAAACCCCCUAGAAACUUAGCUUUGUGUCGUCAAUCUGAGUCAGCCCCCCCCCCCCCAUGUCUACUUGCUUCCGUCGUGCCUGAGAAUGUUUGUUAAGUCUUCAGUUGUAACAGAAUAUGAAUGAUUUUAUGUACAAUGCUCAAAUAACUUGUUACUGUUUCGAUAAUGUUUUGAUUUCAAAUGCUAGGAUGACAAAUCUAGUCAUUUUAAAUUGCACAUAUUCCACACACAAAAUUAGUGGUUGAAUUCUCAAGUUAAAGAAACUGUCCUGAAUUUGUGGCUAUUGUAACAUGUUCCCAACUUGAAGAGCCUUUUUAACAAUUACUAUUACAUAUUAUUAUUAUGCAACAUAUUUCUUGUUUAGAAUAUCAGUGUCUGUAUAUUUAAUGUGUUUCUGGUCAUCCUGGUGCUUGUAGUAAUUCAAAGUAGAUUUUUAUCUUACAAUAAUUUUGUAUGUAUGAAAAAAAUAUAUAUUAGAAAAUAAAAAGAAGUUUAAGCUACUACAAACAUAAGCAUGACCAGAAAUACACCCAAUAUAGAAACACUGAUGUUCUAAAUAAGAAAAAAUUUGGAUAAUUUAAGUGUAAUUUUAAAAGACCUUUUAUUAGUCGGAAAUGCCUCCAAUGGCAACAGUUCUUUAAUUUAUUGAAUGAUUUGUGAUUCAAAUUAAAGCACGUAUGAAGCUUUUUAUUAAAUGAUAUUAAUGAAAAAU